AUGGAGCUUGGUUUUCCAAUAGAUGUUAUACUGUUUUUUACAUCUGCUAUUUUCGGAUUUGUUGUCUACUCCAUCUACUUUCGACCGAAGGAAUCACUUCAAACUUACAAGGUGGUUUCGAAACGGUUCAGAGGUUCCACUUUGUGUAAGACUCUCGGCCUGAGUGAAUUUCACGCUAUUAAGGACAGAUUUUCAUCGGUGAAAGAAGUUUCAAGUGCAAUUAAAAAAGCUGGUUUAGAGUCGAGCAAUCUUAUUAUUGGUAUUGAUUUCACGGCGAGUAACGAAUGGCAAGGAAGAAAAAGCUUCGGUGGACGGUCAUUGCAUCACGUUUUCAACAACACCAAAAGGUUGAACCCCUACCAGCGUGUUGUGCAAGUUAUAACCAAAACACUCGAACCGUUUGACGGAGACAAGCUAAUUCCAGCAUUCGGAUUCGGUGAUUCCGUGACUAAAGAUCAUAGCGUGUUUAGUUUCAACGAGGACGGCACUCCGUGCCAAGGGCUGUGCGAUGUUUUGAAACAGUACACCGAUGUUGUUGGCCGAGUAUCUCUAAGUGGUCCGACUUCAUUUGCGCCGAUCAUCAACAAAGCUAUAGAGAUCGUCAAGCAGGAUAAAUCAUACAACAUUUUGGUGAUAGUAGCUGAUGGUCAGGUUGUCGAGGAACACGAACGUAGCACAAGGGAAGCGAUUGUAGAGGCGUCGUAUUUUCCACUUUCGAUCAUUGUUGUUGGAGUAGGAGACGGUCCAUGGGAUCGUAUGCAUGAGUAUGACGAUAUGUUGCCGCAAAGACGGUUCGACAAUUUUCAGUUUGUUGAAUACGAGGCUGUUAUACGCAACGCGAAACAUCCAGAUACUUCCUUCGCUCUUCAUGCGCUCAUGGAAAUACCAGACCAGUAUAAAGUCAUACAGGAAUUGGGAUUGAUCAAAGCGAAAACCAAAGAUGAUUGA